UGUUGGGAGGUGUUUAUAUAAAGACUCAGUCAGUGUCGGUGAUGCUGCAGAACUCCAGAAAAAUGGAACAACCAGAACAUCAGAACACCUUGAGCUCUUCAGUGAACAAUGACACUGUGCCACAGAAAGGUUCAACGAUGGUUGAGGACAAGGAGAAACCGCCCCAUAAUGACAGGACCUUCACAAAAGAAGAACGAGAAAAAGCGAAGGAGGUCCACCUUGCUAAAGAAGACUUAGAGGAUCAUAAGAGCGAAGAAUUUGUCUGUGUGAAUUCAAACGAGGAGACAGAAGAGUACGAGCACAGCAAGCCAAAUAGAUGUAUUGAGAUACUCCGGAAUAUAUCUAGACUGUGGUACAGCGUAAAGGUCUGCUGGUUCUUCACUGGAGAGACAUUCGGUGCUCAUAAGGCAAUAAUGGAAAAGGUGAAGAACAGCAACAAGAUGUUUUUCACAACACUUCAGGAGGAAGAAAGUCCAAAGGAUUCUCACGCCAUCGUUGUCUUUUGUCCAAUCAAAUCACGCGUUGGAUCAGAUGUGGAAUCAGCCAUGAGAGAUCCCAAAGUCUCAUCGUCGGAUAAACCAGUGAUUCUGGUUCUUAUGCAUCACACCAGAGAUGUCAACUAUUCAACUGAAGGAAGAAAAUGGUCUGAAGUGUACACAAAUAUUGUGCUGGAGGCUCAUGUUCUCUUCCACGAGACUCAACCAGGAUUACUUGAUUGUAGACAAAACGAUCAAGCGAUCGAGGCAGUUGGGGAAAAGUUAUAUAGUUAUCGGAAAUAAAACAUUUGUUUUAUUUCCGUUGUUUUUAUAUCUUGAUUUUGAAAACCAAGAAAUGUAAGAUUUCUGAGUUUCUGACCCAAAAUAGUUCAAUAUUUCUUCUGUUUGGUUUCAGUUCUGUUUCCUGUGAACAGGCAGAGUAACUGAAGUCUAUAAAAUCAUAACAAAACAAAAAGAUUUGUGUGGGGCUUGCAACACGUAGUAUUAUUGUUUAUCUUUUUUCUUGAAUGUAAAAUAAAAAGCAUAACUAAUCAUUAAUAUACUAAUUAUAUUAAUGAUUAGUAUAAUCAUUAAUAUAAUUAAUUUAUAUAUAGCAUGCAAUGCUAUAUAUAAAUAUAUAGCAUUGCAUGCUUUGUAAAUAAAGAUUUGAUCAGCUUGUUGUGCAAAUAUUCUUGUAUAUUGAAAUAAGUGACACUUUAAUAUCAGGGAGAAAAACCCAAAGACGACAGACUAAAUCUUUGUUUUACUUAUUUUGCACUUUUAUUGAGUAUUGUUGGAAUGCCAGAAUGCGUAAGGGAAAUGGCCAAAGCAAAAUAAUGUUGAAAGCUGAGGUUUCUGGAGUUGAGAAAAAAGCACUUUUAAAGGAGAAGGGUUAUUGUGGAAAAUAAUCUGAAUUUAGAACAAACUAAGGACUUCACAAGUAAAGUUUUAAAAAGUAAAUAAAGUUGAAAAUCC